AGCCAAUGCCCCGUACUCGGAUUUCUCCAAGGCGAAUAAUUUAUGCAGAUCAGAGAGUUCUCUCCUCAAGUCCAUAUACAGCAGCCACUGAGGGCAGGUCAGUUCUGCCUAGAGAUCAAGACGAUCUUCCUCAGCCCAUGAGGGCACUGCCUGUAGAUUCUAGAGGUGACCUUCUGCAUUCUCAUUCAGUCAGUCACAAAGAGAUUGAUUAUCUCACUGACAACCUAGGAGAACUGAGAUUACCAGGCUCUGCAAAUCGGUUAACUUCAAGUCAUCCCUUCUCUCCUUAUGAACCAACUCAAUCCCAGCAUAAGCUAGCUCAUCAAGAAGAUGCAUCAUAUCCUCAACUUGGUAUUAGGCACAUAGACAGACCACGUGGUUACUACAACACGGACCACAGGGGCCAUAACUAUAUGUCCAUUGACCAAAGAGAUCGCAACCAAUAUCCCGCAGCUGUUCAGUUUAUGCCUCAGGACUACAGCCAAGUGACAGCAGCUACGUAUGGGACUUAUAAAGAUCAUAGUCUGAACUGCAAACCCGUCGGCUAUUUCCCUUCCACUGAACCACACGGUUAUCAGCAACCUUAUCAUGGUUAUUCAGCUACAAGUCCAGUCUAUCAAGAUGAGAGACUUACUCUAAGGGAUACACUAGCUCACCAUGCACACUAUGAGAGACACUCAGACAGCUAUGGUCAAUCAGCUCCUAAUCCUGCAGACAAAUCAAGAUUCUUGACCCCACGACAGUACACAGAUUACGCUCAGCCUGAGACAUAUCAGCCAUACCACCCAGUGCGUCCUCCUUCUCCUCCAUAUCCUCGUGUAGAGCCUACCUACAGAGGUCCCAUUCCCACCAUUCCUAAUUUUUGCAGUGAGGAUCCCAGAGAGUUUGCACGACUCAAAAUUGCACUGGAGAAUUUGCUACCUGUUGAGGCUACAGAACGUUUUAAGUACCAAAUACUUGUUGAUCAUCUGAAACAGGAGAAUGCCUUGCUCAUUGCAGACUCGUAUGUCAACAGCAGGUACCCAUACACCAACACCAUGAGGUCUCUAACUGCACUUUAUGGUCAACCACAUCAACUCGCUUUACAAAGAAUUGCAGAAUUGAUGGAUGGCCCAAAAAUCAGGAGUGGUGACAUUAAAUCUUUUAGAAUGUUCGCCCUCAAAGUGCGUGCAUUAGUUGGAAUGCUGGACCAACUUGGAGCUAAAGGAUGGACAGAGCUUAAAUGUGGGUCACAUGUUUCACGUCUUCUUGCCAAACUGCCUCAUGAUCUUAAAGCGAACUUCAGAAGGUUUGUUAACCCCAUUCAAAUCCCAGUUCCAACACUGAUAGAACUCAGCGAUUGGCUUGAAUAUGAGCUCAGAAUACAAGAGGAUGAGUCACAGUAUGCUAGUAAUGGAAGCAGAGCCAACUCUCAGCCACAGAGAGACCAGCAAAGGAACUUCAAGCCAGUUCAACGAUUUGCUACUGUCUUGCAUGGUAGUGAACAGAGUAAACCGGCAAGUGCUACAGCAGUCAAGAAGGAGAAACCGACAAAGUACUGCCCCUUUUGCAAUACUGUGCAGCAUUACUUCAAUCAGUGUGCUAAUUUCAAACUGCUGAAUCAAGAUCAAGUGGAGUGCUGGCUGAAGUCAAAUCAGAAGUGCUUUAAGUGUGGCCGUGAUCACCAGAUCUCACAAUGUAAUCUUAAAGCCAAAUGCAAAAAAUGUGAAAAGAGACAUUUAGAAAUACUGCAUGACUUCAAUGCCAAAGGUAAACAUGAAACACAAGCUUCAGCAGAAAACAGUUGUCUUGUGAACUCAGAAGUGGAGACUUUGUAUCUGGACAGACCAACUGCAAGCAGUAAAGUUCUUUUGAAGGUCAGCCGAGUGAUCUUGAGAAAUGGAGAGAAGGAACUUGACACAUACGCUAUACUGGAUGACGGUUCAGAGAGGACAAUGUUACUGUAUGAAGCAGCACAGCAACUUGAUCUUCAAGGACUUCCUGAAGAUAUAGCCCUCCGUACUGUGAGACAAGACAUACGGGUUGUUCAUGGGGCGGCUGUUUCAUUCUCAGUAGCUUCUGCAUUCCAGCCAAACAAACCCUUCACCAUUGAAAGAGCUUUUACAGCCAAAGAACUGAGCCUCGCAAAACACACUUACCCUGUUAAGUUGCUGCAGAAGAAAUACAGAUAUCUACAAGGUCUGCCCAUUCCCUCACUGCAGCAGGCUCAACCACUCUUACUCAUUGGCUCAGAUUAUCCCCAUUUAAUCACAGCCACAGAGCCAGUACGUCUCGGACCUCCUGGUGGUCCUGCCGCUGUGAAAACCAGACUCGGGUGGACUCUGCAGGGCCCCUCAAAAUUCCUUUCCAGUCAGCUCUCACCACAGCAGUGUCUAUUAACCUCCACUUUGUCACCAGAAGCCGAACUGUUCAACAAUGUACAGAAAUUGUGGCAAAUGGACACACUUCCGUAUCGGAGUGAGAAACUGAUCACAAGAUCAAGGCAAGACACAGAAGCGGUUCAAAUCCUUGAGGAGAAAACAAUCAGGGUGGCAGUCGGAGACAUUCAAAGAACCACACCCAUACUGAUGUAUGAAUCGAAAGACAACAGUAAAAACUUUAUUGUGGACAUGGACCCAGUGAUUUAUUGUUCUGCCUGAACAAUCUGUAGCGGUUGUCAUCUAGUUU